CGAACGAGACUUGUGUGUGAGCGAGCUUCGACAACCCACUCCCGACAAGUCAACCAACAAACCGUCAAAAUGGUCAAGAAGAGGGCGAACAACGGUCGCAACAAGAAUGGCCGCGGCCACGUCAAGCCUGUGCGCUGCUCCAACUGCGCCCGCUGCACCCCCAAGGACAAGGCCAUCAAGCGGUUCACCAUCCGCAACAUGGUCGAGUCUGCCGCCAUCCGGGAUAUCUCCGAUGCCUCCGUCUUCGCCGAGUACUCCGUCCCCAAGAUGUACCUGAAGCUCCAGUACUGCGUUUCUUGCGCCAUCCACGGCAAGAUUGUCCGUGUCCGCUCCCGUGACGGCCGCCGCAACCGUGCUCCCCCUCCCCGUAUCCGCUACAACAAGGACGGCAAGAAGCUUCAGCCCCCCUCUGCCGCCAAGGCUCUGUAAGGAGGUUUUAGUUUCGUUCAACGAACAAAAUAAAAUGAAACUAGUUUGAAAUGAAUUCUUUUAUUUUGUCUUCACUCUUCUUGUCGACCGAAUUGCAGGGGUGAAUGCUCGGUCCCACAACGGCCGGUC